GCCCCAUCGGUAGCCCUAAUUUGGCCGCGUCCUUCUUGGAGUAGGAAAGACGCACCGAGGAGCAGGGCACAGGGUUUGAAAGCUGGGGAUCCCAGCUUUGUGUCACCCCCGGCAACAUGCUCGUGCGACCCCCCGAUCGUCAAUUAUAGGGAUCCGAGUGAGGGGACCCCUCCUCGGCCGCAGAGUGCAUCUGCUGUAAACCAGAAUCUCCAGUCCCUUAGCCAGAGAGUCGAGCGAGCGUUGACGAGAGCGCACGGCUGCCGCUUCUCUACCAACGACAACAUGAGUGAUCCCAGCCCUUCUCGGGCUGGGGAAGGAUCCGAUACCGGGAUGACAGUGAAGCUGAAGAAUGGGGAAGAGAAGGUGAAAAAGCCAGACAAGAGAGCUUUAGAAGCAGAGGAAGAGGCAGCAGGAGAAGUGGAAGAUCAAGGCUUAAAAGAGGGUGAUCAACCCCCCCAAGAGGUGACUGAUGACAAACAGACCCAAGAGGAGGUGACCCCCAGUCAGCCAUGCCAGGUACAACAGGACCAGCAUCACUUUCUGAGGUCCAGUGUCAGGCCACACAGCAAGAGGCUAAGGAAGGAUUCAUGCAGCAAUGGAGGAGGCUCUGGUGCAAAAAGCAAAGGACUGGACAGCACCACUCCUUCAUCCCCCAGCUGCUCUUCUGGGGUAGCACCUAGCAACCCUAAAGCAUCUGGUCGCAAUCUUGGCCCUCCUCCUGGGGAAAAGGAAGAGGGAAACAAAAAGAAGGUGCGACGGCAGUGGGAAUCCUGGAGCACCGAGGAUAAAAACACUUUCUUUGAGGCUCUGUACGAACAUGGGAAGGAUUUUGAAGCCAUCCGGAACAAUAUUGCUUUGAAGUACAAGAAGAAGGCCAAACCGGCCAGUAUGGUGAAGAACAAAGAGCAAGUGAGGCACUUCUACUACAGGACCUGGCACAAGAUCUCUAAGCAUAUCGACUUUAACAAUGUGUUUCCCCAAGGUCUCAAGAAGUCCUCACAGGAACUUUAUGGACUGAUCUGCUAUGGGGAGCUCAGGAAAAAAAUUGGAGGCUGUAUGGAUGAUCGAAACGCCACCAAGUUAAAUGAAUUGAUUCAGUUUGGAGUUACCACUGUGCGAUACAAGGGUAGGAACCUGCGGAUCAAGGCUCCGAUGUGUAGAGCAUUAAAAAAGCUGUGUGACCCAGAGGGAAAGACAGGUCUUAGUGAUGAGGAAGACCAGAAGCCAGUGCGGUUGCCCCUUAAAGUACCUGUUGAACUUCAGCCUCGGAACAACCAGGCUUGGGCUCGUGUGCAGAGCUUGGCACAAAAUCCGCGGCUCAGGAUGAUUGUGGAAUUGCACAGGAAGGUCUCCAGCCUCAUAGAAUUUCUGAAACAGAAGUGGGCUUUACAUGAGGUCCGAAUUCGAAAGAGUUUAGAGGAUCAUCAGUUAACAACAUUGGGAUCACAGGACUCAGAAGAAGAACUAUAUCUUUUUCCACCUGAAAAGGUGCUACUGUCUCCUUUGCCAGGUGUAGCUAAAGUGGUUCACUCAAAAGCUUUUUGCACGGUUCACUGGCAAGAGACUGGCAAGUGCAAGCAGGGUGCCAAGGAUAUACACCUGCUUCCACCUGCCCAGAUUCUGGGUAUUCAAAGCGGGCAGGGCACUGCCAGGGUUCAACUCAAAUGUCCCAAAGGCACAGACAAACAGACAAGCAAAACAAAUACAAGCACUGAUACCCAACCAGACAAGACUCAAACAGCAGAGAAUGGUUCAUUGGAGAAUGUGACUCCUGAAGGGGUUUCUCCAAGUCCAAAAACCCCAGAUGAAGUUCCACCUGAGCAAAUAGACUCUCCAGCUGAAACAGUUUGUGAGGUUUCAGGCAGCAGGCUGUCUGACCUUGAAGAACUGUCACUUCUGGACCCCUUACCUCGUUACCUGAAAUCCUGCCAGGACCUUAUUGUUCCAGAAGAACAACAAUGCACAGACUCUGCACCCACAAGCUCUCCCAGAUCUCCUGAGGCUCUCCCUACAGGUUCUGGUGAGCAUUCUCCAUGCCAGGAACCAGCUGAUUUGCAGGCCGGAAAUGAACAAUCAAAUAAUUGCACUACUGAAGCAUCAGGCUUGGUCUCUCAGGAGAAGGAGCAGUGUGAUUCUUCUAAGACCACCCAUAAUGACUCUAACCAGCUUAGUGAACAGUUACAACAAGAGGGCUGGAACCAACGGACUUCUGAAAAUUUAACUCUAGCUGAGGUAUACCUUAUGCUGGGCAAACCAAGUAAGUUGCAGCUGGAAUAUGAUUGGUUGUCUCCAUCCAGCUCAGACGAUUCCAGCUCCUCUUUAUGCCAUAAACAAAGACUUUUGAGCUGUCUGUUACGUCUCAUCUCUAUGGAGGUGAACCCCAAAGCUUCUUUACAGGCUCCAGAAACUGCCUCAGUUGCUACAUCUCCUCUAAAGCUGGCGCCCCAGGAACAGACGCUGACGCCUCCUAGUAAAGUCAUCACACUGCUAUCUAGGAACUCUGAUUGCUUUAGAUCACAGCCCACUACACACAUUGCUGCAAACUUCUCUCCGACAUCUAGUAACUCAGGUUUUAGAAAUCUUGCUCGGCCGCUAUUGGUUAGCAAUCCCUUGGGGCCUGUAGCAGCCAGCACCGAUGGUGGAGUGUUUGCCGUGCCCACAAUGCGUCCCCCAAACAGCCGACACGCAAAACUCACCUCCCCGAACAAGGAGUCUGAAAUGUCAAGUCGUCAGCAACUUGAAGCAAUUAGUUCGGAUUACUUCCUGCAGAAGCCAAAGAAGGCAAGAAGUCGACACUUAAGGAAGCCAUUAGUGGUCCAGAGGACUCUUCUUCCUAGACCAUCUGGCAGUUCUUCUCCCCAUGUCUGCUCUUUCUCAAUUUUUUCCAAUUCCACAGUUGCAGGUCGAGGUUCCUUCCGUCCCAUCCAUUCAUCAAUUACAAAAACUGCUGUGUCGCAUCCUAUUGUCCCCAAAGCAGUGACUGCAAUAGACCCCAGUUCUCUGUCUAGUGCUAUUGACUUGGCUGCCCAGUCUGCAGGAAUCAUCCCCAGUAAUUCAUUGCAAGUCUUGGAUACAGACGGUUUAGCAGGAAUUGUCCCCCUACCUCCUGAUGGAAUAACUGGCACCGCUCAGGACUCUCUAACUGACGGAAGUGUGGGAGAAUCCAUUCCAGUGGUGGCUGAUCCUAUGCCAUUUAUUGCACUUUCUUCACCUGCACUGCAGGAACCGACUCCACAAUUCCAGCCAUCAUCUGUCCUAUCCUUAAGUGAGAUCUCCCAGAAUUCCCUGCAGAAUGGUCCUGCUCCGGCUAGUGGUUCUUCCUGCCUUUCUCCACCCAAUGUAUCUGCCUUGCUGGACAUAUCAUUUCCUGGCCCUCCCGAGGAUUCCCUUUCAUUAAAUGGGGAACCUGCCACACAUAUCAGUGACUCCAUUAUUGAAAUAGCUAUAAGUUCUGGACAGUAUGGAGAAUCCGUACCUCUUUCCCCAGCCAAGUUGAACGAUAACUCCAAAAGUCUUCCCUCGCCCUCAUCUAGUCCCAGGCAGAACUGGAUCGCCUCUCCUACUCAUGACCCACAAUGGUACCCCAACGAUUCUACCGACUCCUCCCUCAGCAGUCUGUUUUCCAGCUUUAUCUCUCCGGAGAAGAAUAAAAAGAAUCAGCUUACUGCACCAGGAAGCACGAGUGGCACAUCCCUUCUAGGUCUCAGCUUACUUGAUGGUAGUUCACGGGAUUCCUUUGUAUCUCGGUCUCUAUCAGAUGUCACAGAGGUAGUUGACUCGCAGCUGGUUUGCCUUAUGAACGAGAACAGCAUUGACUACAUUUCCCGCUUCAAUGACCUCGCCCAAGAACUCUCUGCUCCAGAACCUGUAAGAAGGGAUCCUGCAUUAGAAACAGGAGCCUGCGGGACUGGACAACCAGUCUGUGAUUUUUCCUAAGACUUCAUCACCUUUCCGAUUCCAUAUCUUAUGUCUGAUGAUCUUAAGGAAUAACAGAACUAGAACUAUAUCUCUGUCGAAGAACCGAGUGCUACAUUUUAAAAUGACACCUCUGGUCCAAUAAGAGUUCUCGCACAUCAGCUGACGUAUUCACCCUGGAUCCGAGCAUUCUGUGCUAUCCUUACUCAUGAAGGAUUAGUUAACCCUUCAUAUUAUCUACAGUAGAAAGAUAGACAUGUUACGUCUUGCUGGCACUGAAUCAAUUUGUAACAUGAACUAAAUUUACUUUGUUAUUAUAUGAGUAAUAUUUUUCUGUUGGGCUAAAGGACCCUGCAUUGGCAUCUUUUUCUGCUUCUGUGACAGCCUUUUUUGUCAUCUGUGAUGACCGUUUAGGAUCUAUAGUAUAGGACUACUGAAAACAAGGUGCUGCAUCAAUUUGAUUACCUUUUGCUAACUGCUGCUUAGUUGAUAGGAAUUAAAUACCUGCAGUGACAGAAGGUUAAUGUUUCUUUUGUAAAUAGGUGGUCGCUUUAUCUCCCCUGGCGGGUUGAUUCAGGAACACCACUUUUUCUCUAUUAUAUUAAAGGUCCAAAACUUAAUAGUGAGAUUUAACCGACAGGUGGGCAACUUGCACUUCACUUUAAUUACACACUUUAGGAUGUCUAUGUACGCUUGUGAAAGUGACUAAAAAUAAGUUAUGUGAAAGUUACUAACAACCCUAUCUGUUAUUUCGGAAUUUGUCCUCUUUCCUGAAGAUCAACCAUAUGAACACAUAGUAAUGAGGGUGACGCUCAUUUGAUUUGUGUAUAUGCGUGUCUUUUCUAUAUCUGUGUAUUAUAUAUUUGUUUAAUAUAUAAUCACACAUUAGAUAUAUUCUUAUAUACACAUUAGAAAAAAUGUGCAAAGCAUUGAGCAUAUAGGAUUAUUGACCCUCCAAAUUCAAGAGGAUAAACCUUUACAAAAAUGCAUUACUCUGAGAAAUAUAAGCCAUAUUUAUAAGAGACAUUAAUUCAGACUUCAUUGGGGCUGGUGCAAAAUAUGCAAUUUGUUUGUUUUAUUUCUAUGUUGUUGUUUUUAUGGAUAAAGCUAUAAAAAAAACGUUGGCACUCAGAAAAUAAAUGUGUAUUGAAAUAUAAGGUUAUAAUUAAAUUGAAGAAAAGGAUUUAAAAGGGGUGUCUCCCUUUUAAUGAGCAGUGUUUUAUUUGAACACAGUUUUCACCGCUAACUGUUCCUCUGUAAAAUAAAUAGAUGUCUGUCAGCGUUUCAAAAUGCAAUUAGUAAUACUUUAGAGUUAUAGCAUCUGACAUGGCAGCCCGCAUCAAACAGGAAACAGAGGGUGUUUAUUUCAGGAUUACCACCUAACACUUUUCAAGGGGGAUUCUUUAAAACUACCUCUGUAAACUUUUGAAAUCUCUCACACGAGUUGUGAAAAUGUUUGUUUACUUUCCAGUUAAUAAACCUCACCAAAUAAAAAAACUCAGUGAAAACUGACUUUAUCAGCAUUUGUAUGUCCAUAUAAAAAUGAAGAUUUCAGUACACUUUCUAUUUUUCAUUGUUCUGUUUGUGUAUAUAUCUAUAAAUAUAUAAAUAUAUGUAUAGUGUCUGUAUAAAAGUAUCACAAACGUCUUUUACCUCUUGGUUUUCCAGAGUGGGUUUAAUGGCGCUUGUUUUGUACAAUAUUGUAAACUUAAGUUAUUUACUCUUUCCAUUCUUUGGAAUGAUGGAAUUUUUGUUUGGGGGAGGGUGGAACCUGGGUUAUUUAAUGAUAAAGGAUGCUGUUUAAUACUUUUUGUUUUUAGCUUAAGUCUAUUGCAGGCUCCUAGCUAAGGCAAAAAGGACUAAAACUUCCUUUGGCAAAACUUUUCAGAUGGUUUUGUAAAAUCAUUUUUUUCUUAUUGUGCAUAAAGUUGAACUCUUAAACUA